AUGACUACUGCUGAAGUGUUACUUCGUAUUUAUUGUUAUAAAGUUAUUACACGUGAAUGUUCUGCACGUAAGGAUAAAGUUAUUUCCAGUGGACCAUAUGCUUACAUUAUACAUCCUUUAUAUACCGGUUAUGUAAUGAUUAUAUUGGGAAGAUUAUAUUUAUUUUGGGUUUUACAUAAUUUGGCUCCUCUUUGGAUUCAAAAAUAUUUUUGGGUAGCGUUGGGAAUCGAUAUUUGGUUUUUGGUCAUUGGAUUAUAUAAUAGAGUUUUCGGCGAAGAAGAAUUAUUGGCAAAUAAAUAUCUUCAAAAUGAGGCAUUUGGAAAAUCAAAACUUAACAAUAUCGCCAUAAAUUUGGCCGAAAAAACUGAUUCUGAGGUUAAAUCAUGGAAACAUUAUUUUGUAAAUCCGCACAAAAGUAUUUUGGGUUUCGGUAAUUACGAUAUAAAUGUUUUAGAUAUAGCACUUAGAGAAUUUGAUUUAGAAGUUCAAUGGUUUGACGAUCGUAAAGAUAUUCGCACAGUUAUUCAAUUCACUGAUAGGACACUCUUUGGAUUAAUUUUGAAUGUUCCCAUAACACAAUAUUACUUUUGGAAUUCUCAUCAUUGGAUUGCUAUUAAACCAAUUCAUGUUGAUGAAGAGGAGACAGUUGUUGUUUAUAAUUUAGAUUCUAAAUUACAUAAACCAGAGAAAUUUCCAGAUAUAGAAAAAGCAUAUAAAUUCCUUUCGGAUUAUGUUUACAAUAAAAAUGCGCAACUUAUUUUGGUAAAGUCAAAGCGCAAUAAUGAUGAUUUGAAUAACGAUGUGGAUUCUGAAUAA